CCUUUACCAUUCGUUUUUAUUUUUAAUUACCGGUUUUAUUUACAGAAGUAUCGUUUAUAUAACGGGACUAUAAGACCCCCAAAGUACAUAGAUCAAUUUUCGUAUAUAAACGCAUAAUUUUUUACUGGAUUUAUAGAAUUAGCUUUAAUGGAAAAAAUAGAAAAAAUCCCCUCCCCGGUUCCCCCAUCCACGGAAGAAACAAAGUCAACUAAAGCUAAGGGCCAAAUUGCGACACCAGAACGCGCUGAAAAUUCAAUCCAUGUAGGGACUCUUCGCGGACCAAAAUUUUAUUCACGCUUAGGAACAAUUAUGCUUAAUGGCUCCGGUGGUCGACCCCCAAAACAUGAAGAGAUAUUAAUGACAGGGUUGGGUUUGGCUACCCGUUGUGCUAUAAGCGCAGCAUGCAUAAUGGAACGUGAAAAAACCGGAAUUAUACGUCACAUUGAAACAAGUUAUUUUGCCUCAACACGAGUCACGUCUAGUAGAGUUCCCAAAAUAACAAUUACCAUUGUUAGAAACUCUAACGCUAGCAAAGUUGAGGAGAAUAUGAAUGAAAGCAAAGAGUCUGGUGAAAUAAGAGUUUUCAUAUAAAUUACCCUAACAAAUUCAAUUCUUACCAAA